AUGGACUGGCACUCCUUCAGAAUAGCUGCGGUGCUGCUCAUUUUCCAGGUGGUGCUUGAAGUUAACAGUGAAUUUCAAAUCCAGGCAAGAGACUAUAAUGUCAAAAAUGGUACCAAGUGGUACUCCAUCAAAAGACAGAAACGUGAAUGGAUCAAGUUCGCUGCAGCUUGUCGGGAAGGUGAAGACAACUCAAAGAGAAACCCGAUUGCCAAAAUUCAUUCUGACUGUGCCGCAAACCAGCAAGUGACAUACCGCAUCUCUGGAGUCGGGAUUGACCAGCCACCUUAUGGAAUCUUCAUUAUUAAUCAAAAAACCGGUGAAAUCAAUAUAACAUCCAUCGUUGAUCGUGAAGUCACCCCCUUCUUCAUUAUCUACUGCAGAGCACUGAAUGCCCAAGGCCAAGAUUUGGAGAACCCACUGGAGCUCAGAGUCAGGGUUAUGGAUAUAAAUGACAACCCUCCCGUGUUUUCCAUGACUACAUUUACAGGACAAAUAGAAGAAAAUUCUAAUGCAAACACGUUGGUCAUGAAACUCGACGCUACCGAUGCAGAUGAGCCAAAUAACUUGAACUCACAGAUAGCUUUCAAGAUCAUAAGACAGGAACCUUCAGAGUCACCAAUGUUCAUCAUCAACAGAAAAACUGGAGAAAUACGAACAAUGAAUAAUUUUCUAGACAGAGAGCAAUACAGCCAGUAUUCUCUUGCGGUGAGAGGCUCAGACCGUGAUGGUGGGGCAGAUGGCAUGUCUGCAGAAUGUGAGUGCGUCAUCAAAAUCCUGGACGUCAAUGACAACAUCCCAUACUUGGAGCAGUCAUCUUAUGACAUCAAAAUUGAAGAAAACGCUCUGCACUCGCAGCUGGUGCAGAUCAGAGUCAUUGAUUUGGACGAGGAGUUCUCAGACAACUGGAAGGCAGUCAUUUUUUUUAUCUCUGGAAAUGAGGGAAACUGGUUUGAAAUAGAAAUGAACGAAAGAACAAAUGUAGGAGUUCUGAAGAUUGUCAAGCCACUAGAUUAUGAAGCCACGCAGAAUCUGCAACUUAGUAUUGGUGUUCGAAACGUAGCUGAGUUCCACCAGUCCAUCAUUUCUCAGUACAGAAUCACAGCAACUAUGAUCACUGUAACUGUGAUGAACGUAGUGGAGGGCUCGGUGUUCCGGCCAGGCUCAAAGACAUUUGUAAUCAACAGCCAGAUGGGAGCAAACUACAAAGUGGGAGAGUUUGUAGCCACAGACCUGGACACAAACCAAAUUUCAACAAAUGUUAGAUAUGUAAUGGGAAAUAACCCGGCCAACCUGCUGGAUAUUGGCUCAAGAUCAGGCAUAAUAACUUUAAGAAACAGAGUUACUAAGGAACAAUACGACAUGCUUAAUGGAAGAUACGAGGGAACGGUACUGUCGAUAGAUGAUAAUCUUCAAAGGACCUGCACUGGAACAAUCAUCAUUGAGCUUAGUGGCUCUGGAUAUGAGAGAGACACACAGGACAAUUCAAGUGGUGGCAGCAAUACAGGAAGCAGUACAGAAAGUGGUAGCUCUUCCGGAAGUGGUAGCAGUUCUGAAGGUGGCACAAAUGAAAACACUUCCACUGAAGAAACACAAGUCACCACAGGAUCAAUGAACAAUAACAACAAUGGCGGCGGUGAAAGCUACGAUAACGGUGAUGGUUCAAUAGAAAAGCAACGAAAUCCUGGAGACAAUGUUCACUUGGGUCCUGCAGGCAUCGGGCUGCUCGUCAUGGGGUUCUUAAUCCUAGGAUUGGUCCCAUUCUUGUUGCUUUGCUGUGAUUGCGGAGGUGCCCCUGGUGGUGGAGCUGGCUUUGAGCCUGUUCCAGAAUGUUCUGAUGGAGCAAUUCACACAUGGGCAGUAGAAGGCCCACAGCCCGAACCCCACGAUGGCAUAGCUACCAUCUGCGUGCCACAAAUGCCACCUGGUAAUGCCAAUAUUAUAGAAUGUAUUGACAACUCAGGAGUUUAUACAAAUGAGUAUUGUGGCAGAGAAAUGCAAGAUCUGGGAGGAGGAGAAAGAACUACAGGAUUUGAAAUGAUGGAUGGAGUUAAAACAUCCGCCGCACCUGAGAUCUGCCAAGACUAUUCAGGAACAUUAAGAAGAAACUCAAUGAGAGAAUGUAGAGACGGAGGUCUCAACAUGAACUUCAUGGAGAGCUACUUCUGCCAGAAAGCUUAUGCUUAUGCUGAUGAAGAUGAAGGACGCCCGUCCAAUGACUGUUUACUCAUCUACGACAUUGAAGGUGUAGGCUCCCCGGCAGGCUCCGUGGGCUGUUGCAGCUUCAUCGGAGAAGAUCUAGAUGAAAGCUUCCUGGAUACCCUGGGGCCCAAGUUUAAGAAACUGGCAGACAUCAGCCUGGGAAAAGAAAUAGACUCAUAUCCAGACCCCGAACCUUCUUGGCCUCCUCAGAGCACUGAGCCCAUGUGCCCCCAGCAAACAGAGCCCCAUAUUAGUGGACACCCACCCAUCUCCCCACAUUAUGGCACUACCACAGUAAUUUCUGAGAACACCUACCCCUCCGGCCCUGGUGUACAGCACCCUAUGCAGAUUCCUGACCCUCUAGGCUAUGGUAAUGUCACUGUGAUGGAGUCAUAUACCACCUCUGGCACUCUGAAGCCCUCUGUCCACUUUCAUGAUAACCGACAGGCUUCAAAUGUGGUGGUGACGGAGAGGGUAGUGGGCCCCAUCCCUGGUGCUGAUUUUCAUGGAAUGUUAGAUAUCCCUGACUUAAGAGAUGGAUCCAAUGUUAUCGUGACGGAAAGAGUAAUAGCCCCAGGCUCGAGUCUACCCACCUCUCUGACCCUCCCUAAUCCUAGAGAGUCUUCAAAUGUGGUUGUGACAGAAAGGGUGAUCCAACCAACCUCCAGCAUGGUGGGUAACCUGAGCAUGAGCCCUGAGCUAUCAAAUGCCCACAACGUGAUUGUGACAGAGAGGGUGGUUUCCGGUGCCGGUGUAAGUGGCAUUAGCGGCACGACUGGAAUAGGUGGUGUUGGAGGCAUAGGCAGCGGCGGCCUGGUUAGCAGCACCAUGGGUGCUGGUGGCGGGGGCAUGAGCAGCGUGGGCGGGACAGCCACUAUUGGCCACAUGAGGAGCUCUUCUGACCAUCACUUUAGCCAGACAGUUGGGUCUGCCUCCCCCAGCAUGGCUCGGAGUCGAAUCACAAAGUACAGUACGGUACAGUAUACCAAGUAG